AAAACCUGUAAAAACCAGCCACAUGUCCUGUACCAUUAAAAAAAAAAAAUAGCAAACGUUCUGCUUUCGAAGAUGAGCCUCCAGCAGAUAAUUGUGAGCUGGGUUAUCCGGACCAGGAAAUUUACUUUGCGGGCAGUGGGAGCCGGGUGGUCAGCGGCGACAAAGCUCGGUGGAGAAAAUGGCAAUCGCGUUUGUCUCCGAUCUGUUUCCUUCCCCUUCCUUCUCCGUGUCGUGCCCACACGCAUGAUGCACGGAAUCUCCACUCUCUGGGACGCGCUGGCGAGCACCAACUCCCUUCGGGGGUGGCACAGUCUCUGCCACCCCGGUGCCCCCAGGAGGGAGCAGAGGGAGGCUCGGUGCUGGGCGCGAUGCGGCCGUCGGGGGGCGUCUGGGGGCGCAGGCUCGGCGUCUUCCUGCUGACGCAAUCCGCGGACCGACCUCGCCGGGUCUCCAGCGCCACCCCGCCAGCCACGUGUGGUGCCUCGGAUCCUGCAGCGGAGGGGACCGCGCGGUGCCAACCCGGCCACACGGCCACGAGCUGGGACACGUGGGACCCCGCGGCCAGCGGCACAAUGAAGGACCGCAGCAGCGGAUGCUCUGCAGGAGAAGGAGGCUCCAAAGAGAUGGUGAAGACCUUUAAGGCUAAAGAUCUAAUAAUCACACCAUCCACCAGUUUUAAGGCUAAACCAGACCCGAAUAAUCUGGUUUUUGGAACCGUGUUUACGGAUCACAUGUUGACAGUGGAGUGGUCUUCUGAGUUUGGAUGGGAGAAACCUCACAUCAAGCCCUUUCAGAAUCUCUCACUGCAUCCUGCGUCAUCCACUUUGCACUAUGCCGUAGAAUUGUUUGAAGGUUUGAAGGCAUAUCGAGGACAUGAUAAUAAAAUUCGGCUGUUCCGGCCAGACCUCAACAUGGACAGAAUGUAUCGAUCUGCGGUGAGGGCAACUUUGCCGGUAUUUGACAAGGAAGAGCUUCUACAGUGUAUCCAGCAGCUUGUGUCUUUGGAUAAAGAAUGGGUCCCCUAUUCCACUGCUGCUAGUCUCUAUAUUCGUCCCACACUCAUCGGAACUGAGCAUUCUCUUGGAAUCAAGAAGCCAAGCAAAGCACUGCUCUUUGUAAUCCUGAGCCCAGUGGGGCCUUAUUUUUCAAGUGGAUCCUUCAAGCCAGUGACCCUGUGGGCCACCACUCAGUAUGUCAGAGCCUGGCAAGGUGGAACUGGGGACUGCAAGAUGGGAGGGAAUUAUGGUUCCUCUCUUUUUGCACAAUGCCACGCGCUGGAGAAGAGGUGUCAGCAGGUCCUGUGGCUCUAUGGAGAGGAUCACCAGAUAACUGAGGUCGGAACGAUGAAUCUUUUCCUUUACUGGAUAAAUGAAGAUGGAGAAGAAGAACUGGCAACUCCUCCGCUAGAUGGCAUCAUUCUUCCAGGAGUGACAAGGCAGAGCAUUCUGGACCUGGCACGAGAGUGGGGUGAAUUUAAGGUGUCAGAGAGGUACCUCACCAUGGGUGAUCUGACCCAAGCCCUGGAGGGGAACAGAGUGAAGGAGAUGUUUGGCUCUGGUACAGCCUGUGUUGUCUGCCCAGUUUCUGAUAUAGUGUACAAGGACCAGAUAAUACAUAUUCCAACAAUGGAGAAUGGGCCUAAGCUUGCAAACUAUAUCUUGGACAAAUUGAGUGAUAUCCAGUAUGGAAAAGAAAAGAGUGACUGGACAAUCGUAGUAUCCUGAAUGAGAACCGCAGAUGAACCGUAUGCUAUUGGAAUAGGCUCUUGCACUUGGAUUGUGACAGAUUUCUUAAGCAACCUGUCAGUAGUUGUGUAUAAUGUAGUUUGUCUUAUUUGUGUUACAAGGGUGAUUUCUUUUUUGUCCUGUGCAAGAGAACACAAGUUGUAAUCAUUAGAUGUUGCUUUGUAAACUUGGGAAUAGCUGCUUACUUUACCUUUUACUAGAAAGAUAAUAAUGUAAGCCAUAUAAUGUAGAAUUUUCCUCAGUAAUUUCAGUGCCUCCCUUAAUACUUCACUCAGAUCCAGAAUGUUGAUUCUUUAGUAGAAUGUGUGCCUCAACCAAAUGAUAUUUGUGUGUGUCUGGAGGCUGACUUGUAUAAACUCUGUAGGUAAUGUUCUUUGUGACACAUCAUUAUUUUUAGAAACACUCAGAAAGUAUUUUGUUUUCUUUCUUAAAUCAAGAUCUUGAAACCCUUGAUAUCUGUCACAUGUUUUUGCAGGCCCUUAAUCCAUCUGAAGGUACAUUUCCUCCCUUUUCCCUGACCUCACAGUCUGCUCUAAGAGCACUUUGUGCACCUGUAAAACCUGAGCAUGUUCACCAUUGUCCUUUCCACGUGGUGUUGCACUUGGCUGCUCAUCAAGCAACUGUAAGACUGAAGGUUUUAUACCUUACAGACCUUUGUAUGCCCAAUACCUGGCAUAUAGUGGGUACUCAGUAAAUAUCUUAUUGAAUGAAUGAACAAACAUUAGCUUCUAUAGAAGUGCACCUAUGUUUCUAUAUUAUGAAACCUCUUUAUUAGAAUUGUGACUGAUUCUGUCAGUGUGUAAUAUUUACCUCAUAUUAUCAUUUUCCAUGGACUCCUAAGUCAUUAGAGGUACUGAGAGCCAUAGUGAGUGAAGACUCUUGGAAUUGAAGCAGUAGCCCUGGAGAGAAUUCAUAAUAUCAUAACCAACCAAAUGGAAAUGACACAUGUCAUAUGUGAAGUGUUAAAUGCAAAAUAAAUCAUUUGGAGGGAGGGGCAGAAUGCAGAGAUAUUCUGGUUUUAUACUUUGUUUUUGUAGGUGCUCUUUUCUGUUGAAUGAAGAUUGAUUGAACAUGUGGGUUAUGGUGGAGGGGGAGCAAUUUCAGAGGAUGUUUUCCUAGUUCAGGAGCUAUGAGUUAAAGAUUGUAUCCUUCCCUAGUUUAUCUAGGGCAAAGUGAAAUCUUGACAGAAAACGUUUACCCUUGGAAGGUCAGCUCACAGACAUUGUAUUUUGGUUUCCCUCAGUCCUAAUAACUUUCAUCUUGCUGAUCAUUUUUCAUUCUCUUUUCUGAGCAGUGGAGAAAACAUUCUAAAAGUUUGAUGCAUUGGAAAAUUUUCCUUUAGGCAUUUAACAACAUAGCAAAUGGGCUUUGAUUCUUCUCCAAAACUUUUAGCUGUAGGAUGUUUUUUUUAGACAGGAAUGGUAAAAUGAAAAUUAGAGAAGUCCAAGAUGAAAAGGAAUAGUAAAAAUAUCUUUUAGGAGGCUUUUAAUUGGUGAUCUGAACUCUUAGGCAAGUCUUCUCUUUUAAGCCUGAGAUACUUUUAGAACAUAUAUAGUGUUCUAACGCAAUCCUUUUGCCUUCCCUAAAUCUUUUGAUCUCAUUCUUAAUAUAGCAAUCUCAACAGGACUUCCAGGUAAUUUUAACUAUCAAGUAGUGCAUAAUAACUAGACUGAUUCCUAUUAGAAAGGGAAAUUACUUGUUUGCCACAAGUACAUGUCAUACUUUGCAAUUCUAAAUUUAGUGUUCCCAUUGUGAAAGUUGGAGAACAUUAUGUUUAUAUGAUUUCUUUCAGAAAAACAUGAGAGCAUGGUGAACCCUUUCCACCAGACUCAGUAAGGGCUAAGGAUAUACACCUUAAAAGCUGGACAUUUCUUAAUACAGGGAAUGUAUCUGUCAUUCUCUUUUAAGUAAUACGAGAGGAAAUUGACCUUGGAACUGACUUGUUAAAUAGAUUUAGAAGGGAAAUCUGCACUUUUUUCUCUUGUGCACUGUUUGUUUAAUUGCAGUGGAAUAAUACAGUCACAUUAUAUUAUUAGGCAAGAGUGCCACAUUAUAACUAGGCAAUUAUCCAUUCUUCAAGACUUAGUUAUCGCAACACUUAAUUGAUCAUUUAAGGCGUAAGAUAGUCUAACAUUAGGAACAUGUGAGGCUAAUCUGCUCAAAAAGAUCAACAAAUUAAUAUUGUUGCUGAUAUUUGCAUAAUUGGCUGCAGUUAUUUAAUGUUUAAUUGUGUUGAUCAAAUGAGAUUCAGCAAUUCACAUAAGAAUGAAUAUAAACAGAACUGGUGGCACUUAAAAUGAUAAUGAUUAACUUAUUUUGCAUGUUCUCUUCCUCCUACUUUUCCCAGUUUUUACAUUUUAGACUGAGUUUGUCAGCUUUCCUCAAACACUUGAGUAAAAAACCAACAUUUUAAAAUGAAGUGUUCAGAUAUAGACAAAAUCUGAUCAUUUCCUAAGAAGAUUUCCUGUUAGAUAUUCGUUGUUGUUGUUGUGGUAGCCAUUUGUCAAGGAUUCGACUCUAGAUACAGCACAAGAAGAAUCAACUUCUGGGAUGGAUAUGUACCAUGCUUUCUAGUACAGUGAAGCUGGUGGGAAUGAAUAAAUUAAUAAUAUCUGGGUUGGCCUUUGCUUUCUAAAUGAAAAGGGACACAGAAAAACAAUGUCUGAGAAAUCCUGUUAGGGAAUCAUAUUUUCACACCUUGAUAAACCUCCUCUAUUCUUUUUUUUCCCCCUCAAAAGAUUGCUUUAAGAAAUAAACUACAUGGUAACAUGAAACAUCGGCUCCCCUGAAGAUGUGAGCAGUCUGUGUUACCCUAGGUAAAAGUUCUUCACCUUAAAAUUGUAUCUAAACAUAUGAUCUUAUUUGCCUCAAAUCUGUGCAUUCUUGGGCAUUUGGAGGCCAUUGAAUGAGUAUAUCCUCGUUCAAAUGAUUGUAAGGACUUUUUAUUAAACCUACAGUUUCAAAUCUACUUUAGGGGAAUUCUGCUAUGAAAACAAUUGCUAAAACAAACGUAUUUCUUUACCUGCCCUGUUCAUGCACUGGCAUGGUGUUCUGCUUCUUUUCAAAAUUAUACGUUUGGUUUACUCUUUUAAGAUUGGGAAAAAUGUCUCUGAAAACAUUUGUUCCCUUUCAGUAAGUGAUAUUUUCUGAAAUAUUUAGAGUAGUAUUUCAUCAGAUGCACCAAGACAAAGGGCUUAGUGAGGGGUCAGAAGAACUCUUUCAUCUCCUGGUUCUAAAUAUGAUUAGAGAACCCUUGUAAUAUGGAUUUCCUCUGCUGUGCAUAUGCAAAAACUUGUUACAAAUAGUAAUGCUGACAAGUAAUUUUAGUGGACAUUUUAUGGCAAUGUCUCUUUGUUUUGCUACAAGUAGAAUUCAUGUAGGUUUGAGGCAAAGGGUGGUAAAGUAUGUAUUUCUGGAUAAAGAUCGGGGAGAUUAUAAUUCAUUUGCCAAAUGUUGGUUGAGCACCCACAAAAGUGCAUCUUACACAACAAGCAAUAGGAUAGAAAGUUAGUUUUAGAAAAUAAAUAAUAUGUAAACAUUACCUCAUGAAGUUUAUAGUCUAUUACUUGAACUAGUUUUAGCUAUAAAAGCAGUAUUUGUGAAAGAUUCAGUGAAGAUAAUAAAGAGGAAGGCCCAGAGCACAUCUCUUAAGAAAUCACAGUGAAGAUUUCAUCUCAUUUUUAAGGACAAUUUUCCUUUUUGCAUCUCUAGUGCAAAACUCCUCAGUAAGGUUAAUAUUUAAGGUUAUUAAUCCACUGUGUGUGUGGCAUGAAUUACCUCCUGGUUUAUGACUUGCUGUCAACCUAGAAUGUUUGUUGUCUAUUCUUCUGGAGUAAUGUUAUGGAACAUCUUGCAGAAUACUGCAGAUUUCAGCAAACUUGCUGAUCUUUUAAAAUUCAAACCCAGAUAAUAUUGAAAUGAGUGAUCCUAGAGUGAAUUUUUCUAGAAAAUGUUGAUAUGAAUCAAGCUGUUUAAACUGUUAGCUUGAACGUGAUAAAUCCAGCUACUUAGAAAAAAAUCUUUCAUGUAACCAUGAUUUUUCAGUUUGAAGUUUUUAAUAAGAAAGGCCAUCUAAAUAUUGCCAGGGAUUUAACUCAGUGGUGCCACCGCCUGCCUUGCAGGUGCAAGGUCCCAAGUUCAAUCCCUGGUACCAAAAAAAGAAAACUAUUGGAAAGAGAUUAAUUUUCAUCAUUUCCACAAAGCCCCCUUAAAAUGCAAAGAUAGAUAUGAUAAUUCAUUUUUCCUCAUUAGCAUAUAGAACAUAAUAAAAGGCUUCUCGUAUUUUAUUUGGGGAGGUUGAUCAUGAAACAUACCAAUAGGAUGGUGUCUGUGGGUGAGUAAUUCACAGGGGUCAAAUAGAUGUAAACACUUUUUUUUUUUGGUACCGGGGAUCAAACUCAGGACCUUGCACUUGUGAGACAGGCAUGGUGCCACUGAGCUAAAUCCUCGGCCCCCGAUGCAAACAUAUUUUCCAAUAAAUGCAUGAAAUUUCAGUCUUGGCAAUUAAAGUGCUUUUUAAAACAUACAUUCACGAAAUUUGGAAGUCUUGAGUCUGUCAGGAGGUAUAUUUUUCAUACCAUGAUAAACCCAACUAACAAGACUUAAAAUCUAAGUUGCCUACUGUAAUCCACUAUUGGUAUGGUAAGAAUUAAUGUAAGCUAUAGGAGUGAAUUAUACUUUUCACUGACAACUUUUUCUGGCUAUCCAGUAUCACAAUGGUUAGGUUCCUUGUUGCCUGUUACUGAAUUAUGGAAAAAAAUGAAUGAGAGAAGUUAUAAGAGAAAGAACACAUGAAGGUAGAGAAGAGAAAGAAUGAUAGGGGGAAAAAUCAAGUUGACUUCUAUGUUGUCCAAAAGAGCCUUUUCCAUAUUUUACCAGGCACUGGGAUCUUCAGCCUUUAAUAAGUGCCAAAUGCAAAUAGUACCAUUAAGAAGUAACACUAGUGGCCAGUCCAUAUGAUAUUAGAAUCUGGCCACAGUCUUGAGCUUAUUGUCUGACCGUUGUGUUUGGUAGAUACCACUUUAGAUUGCAACCAGUUUGGAUGAGGCUUUAUAAUUGCACUGUCUAUAAGAUCUAUUGUAUCAUUUCUUCAACCAUUUUAUUCUAAGAUUCAUGAAACAUCUUGAAGCCAAAUAAGUGACAAGGAGUAGAUUAUGGCUAUUUUUUGCUUAGAAAAACUAUUUACCACACAUACACCCUUUCCUUGAUAAAAGUCAGCAGAUUUGGAAAUUGAUUAUUAUUUAGCUUUUUCCUGAAAUGUGCAACAUGUUGCAAUUUUCUCAAACUGGGUUCACAUGGUUGUUGAAAUCAUUCUCAGGGUUAAGAAAUGCAAAUAUUCUCAAUUUCUGCAUCACCCAUGAGUGUUUCAAGAGUUGUAGGAAUUCUUUCAGAAGUAUGACACAUUUGAAUCACAUCUUUAAAAUAAGCUAGCUAACCUGUUGGCAUCUAUAAAUUCUGCAGAUGUUUCCCUGUUGAUUACAACAAUGAAUGACACACAGUUCACCGAGUCAGCUAAUACACAGAGCUGGAGCCUGACCCACAUUUUCAAAGAACUUGUGCCUAUUUGAUGUGGUGCCUGAAGGCGAAUAAGUAGUUUGAGAAUGUUUUAAAAUUAGAGCGUAUAGAUAGGAACAGAAGAUCAUUUUAACUGUGGAAUUUGUAGAAUCUCUGCUUGCCAUAUUCCUCUAAUUGUGUAGUCAUUCUUGAAUUCUCUAUAAGCAAAAGUAGGUAUCGAUCCCUGGUACCACAAAAAAAAGUAGAAACAAAAAGUAGGUAGAAGGAAAUGAAAACACUUUGUAAAGGAGGGUUGGCUUUCAUGAAUUGUUUAAAGGUUAUGUUGAAAGGAUUUAAGCUGGCUACAAUGUAAUAAUGGGAAUGCAGAGAAUACAGUGGGUAAAGGAAACUACCUCAUUCUGUGAAGGUUUUGUUAGAAGCACAAUUAAACAUUCUAAAAUGGCUUUGUUGCCCAAGAGCCAUCUGGUGUGAAGAACUCUAUAUUUGUUUGUCUAAAGGACCUGGAGUAAUUGUAUUUUGCUGGCAACAGACACAUUCUUUAUGUUUGCAGGUUCCUCAUCAAAUCUGUAAUUAUGCAGUUUCUGUCAUCAAUAAAACAACUUAAAGAAG